CAUAGCCAACUCAACUAGUAGCAUACUCGACAUCUCUCCCAACCUCACCCCUCCAACCCUCGAAGUCUCCCUAGCCCGCCGACAAAAUGGUCCGCAUCAUCCCCGCCCUCCUCAGCCUCGUUACCGUCCUCUCGGUCUCGGCCGCGCCGCUCCACGCCGAGGUUGAGGCCCGCGCGUGCGCCUUCACCUGCGGCAGCGUGUGCUACGAGAGCUCGCACAUCAACGCCGCCCUCAACAAGGGCUACUCCCUGCACCUGGACGGCGACGACAUCAACAACUACCCGCACCGGUACAACAACUACGAGGACUUCGACUUCCCGACCCCGGGCCCCUGGUACGAGUACCCCAUCAUGUCGAGCCACAGCGUCUACAACGGCGGCUCGCCGGGCGCCGACCGCGUCGUCUUCGACGGCGACGGCAACUUCGACCUGCUCAUCACCCACCAGGGCGCCAGCGGCAACGCCUUUGUUGCUUGCCGUUCCGGUUAAGCUGGGUGUGAGUAGAAUGGUUAUGGUUAAGGGGGGGGGGGGGUUGGUGUGUGUGGGUUGGUGACUUUCUCUGGGUGGAUGGACUUUGUCACAUUGUUCGCUAGCAUGUCAGCUAGGCGCCUGACAGAAAUGGCUACCUACUUGUGAGACGGGCAAAGAGGGUUUGCGUUUGCGAGUGAUCCCAUCUGCUUCUCAUGGGCUUUGAAUUCAAGCACGGUAUUGUGGAUAACUGACACCAAACUCCCCCUGUUCAUAGAUCGUCCGGACCGGCACGCCUCUGUUCUCGGCAAUGAAGCCGAUGAGCUGCUGGCCGAUGUCCUUGAUAUCGUUGUACUCCUGUAGGCGGCGGAUGUAUGUCUUGACAGUGGUCUCGGGUGGUUGGCU